CCGAAAUUCCGAAUCGAAAAAGCGCAUCUUCCCCUACCUCUGAAAUUCCACACACUCCUCUCUGAAAAUUAUAACGCUCAACUCAACUGUCUCUCACUCCAACUCCAAGUCCAACUCCAACAAUUCUUACAAGCUACAAUCCCAACCAACCACGGAUUCACCCAGUCGCCUUGUGCUUCAUCCGUAAAAUUACCCACGACAGGGAAUUCGCAAUCAUUGCUAUAAGUUUAAGAUAAAAGCGGCGGAACAGCGGUGGCGGAGAGACCGGGGGAAAGCGGAGGAAGGGUUCGGCGACGGGAUCACCUGUUUUUUUGAAAUUCCAUCAAUUAUAAAAGCUACGCGGUUCUCCCCCUCGCGACCCUUUUUCUCUUUUAAAAUCCCAUUCUUUCUCUCUCUCUCUCUGUCCCUCUGUCUUCGCUUCUCAUCUCCUCCCGCUCCUCUGUUCUUUCUUUUCCGUUUUUUUUUUCAAACAAAAAAACCCAUCUCUCUCUCCCUCUCUUCCUUAUGUCGCGUCUUCUUUCCAUGGCGAUCUGAGCUGGAAUGCGGUUGCCUGGGAGAUUGAGGUAACUGGAGAGCAACCCGAAAGAUAGCAGGAGGGAGAGAGGAAGAGAGAGAGAGAGAGCCAGUAUUGGGAUUCUUUUGAGGGAAGUGGGUAAGGCUGCAGAGGGAUAAUUUUUUGGCCGUUUGCAUAAUAGUAAUUUCCGAGAGAAGAGGAACAGAGAGCUCUUGUGAAGGGAAGGGAAGCGAAACGAAGGAAGGGGGAUAACAAUCAAGAACGGGGGAGGGAAGGUGGGAGAAUCAGAAUGUUAUCAAUGGAGCUCGUGGAUUCGUUCCUCUUCUCUCUCUCCAAGGCCUUCUCUUCUCCCAUUGCAAUCUUCGUUCAGAUCCAGGGAUGUCUGAUCUGCUUGAUUCUUGCCCUUGGAUGGGUCCUCGCUUCAUAUGUCAGGAAUAGAGAGAUUAAACGAAUGAAGGAUAGUGCUAGAGCUGGCAACAGCUUUUCAUUCCUUUGCCAUGACAUCAAUGAAUUGGAGCACUCUUAUCAGGCCAACCUGCCUAGAGUGAGUGUCGUUAUGCCUUUGAAAGGCUUUGGAGAACACAAUCUCCACAAUUGGAGAAGUCAGAUAACAUCACUCUAUGGAGGUCCUCUGGAAUUUCUCUUCAUUGUAGAAAGCACAGAAGACCCUGCUUACCAUGCUGUGUCUCGCUUAUUAUCUGAUUUUAAGGAUCAUGUUGAUGCUCAAGUUAUUGUAGCUGGAUUGUCAACUACAUGCAGUCAGAAAAUUCAUAACCAAUUGGUUGGGGUGGAGAACAUGCAUCCAGAGACCAAAUAUGUACUGUUUUUGGAUGAUGAUGUCAGGCUGCACCCUGGGUCCAUUGGAGCACUCACUGCAGAGAUGGUGAAGAAUCCAGCGAUAUUUAUUCAAACGGGAUACCCUCUAGAUCUACCUUCUGGCAGUCUGGGAAGUUACUGCAUCUAUGAGUAUCAUAUGCAUUUUGAGAUUUCUUUUUGGCAGCCUUGUUCGAUGGGAUUUGCAACUGGUGGAAGGACGUUCUUCUUGUGGGGAGGUUGCAUGAUGAUGCAUGCUGAUGAUUUUAGAUGUGAUCGUUACGGUGUGCUCUCUGGACUUCGAGAUGGUGGCUACUCGGAUGAUAUGACUCUUGCAGCAUUAGCUGGGGCUCAUAAGUUACUAAUUACUUCACCUCCAGUUGCUGUCUUCCCUCACCCACUUGCUAGUGAUCUUAGCUUUUCAAGGUACUGGAAUUACUUGAGGAAGCAAACAUUUGUGUUGGAGUCGUACAUAUCAAAGGUUAACUGGACGAUGAACCGAGCAUUGUUUUCUGUCCACUGCUAUUUGUCGUGGGGGUUUACAGCACCAUACUUCAUGGCUGUGGUUCAUAUUGCAGCCGCCCUUCGCAUUUAUGCCCAAGGGUAUGCUCGGGAGGAAACAGUGUUUGUUUCGAAAGGGUUGUUACUGGUUGCAUGUCUGGCAGCAUGCACAUUUGUAGAACUCUUCUCGAUGUGGAACUUGACAAGGGUAGAAGUUCGUUUGUGCAACAUGCUAUCCCCCGAGGCACCUCGACUCUCUCUUGGUUCAUACAAUUGGGUUCUGGUCUUUGUAGCUAUGGUGGUGGAUAACUUCUUGUAUCCAAUCUCUGCAAUGCGUUCCCAUUUCUCCCAAUCUAUCAACUGGUCGGGCAUUCGUUACCACUUAAAAGACGGGAAGAUAUACAAGAUUGAUAGGAGCAAGGAUAUGGGUCCACUUUACACAGACUUGGGAGGGAAGCAUUUAGGGAGGAAAGGUGCUCCUCAAAAAGCCUCAUUCCUUGGCUCUCUCUGUAGAAGUUUGGCGCAAUGGAGACGUCCCAAGAAAUAUGAUGUCUGAAGAUCAUCAUUUCAGAAAGGGUUAGAGUGUUUGUUUGUUUGAUUAAUUAAUUUGAUUGUUAGGGGUUUGAAAAUUCAGUUCAAAAGCGGGAAAAAGGAAGCUAUUCUUGGUGGGUUGGGUUCUACAUGUUGUCCUAUGUGUUUUACUUCCAGGCUGCAGGCUAGGAUCAAGCUUAGUCUAUUUGUUGUUCAUUGAUUUUGGUCUCUUUCUAGGAGGGGAAGGUGUUAGUCUCAAUUCAAUUGAACUUCAAUUCAUCCAUCCAAAUCUAUCCUUUUUGUGGUGGAUUGGUUUUGUAAUUUUUUCAUAUCAUUUGUGCUGUAAUUUAUAGAUUGUUGUUAUGCAGUUGGAAGUUCAGAUGCGAUACCAACAAUUUGCUUGUUCUUUUUUGGGUUCGUAGAAGAGGGGUUUAAAUUGCAGAUCCUUUAAGAACAAUUGUGUAGUGAGUUACUGCUACAAGGCCAAUUGGCCAUCGCAGAAUGUUUCAUUCAUGUUUGAGGAGGGCUUGAUAUCUUGCUUAGCUCCUCCCGCCGCAAAAUGCCUGAAAGUAUCUCAUUGUUUCGGAUUCUCUGCUGCUAAAGAUCCAUGGCUGCAGCUGCUUCCCCGACCAUGGUUCGUGGCAAGAACCUCGUGCUCACAACCCAGAUUGCAUAACACUGUCCCUCAAGGCACCGCCCCUCUCUCUUUGUUUUUACAAUUUGGUUAUUGUAACUACUUACCAUUAUGGUGCACAUUCAUUCAUUUUAUUUCUUAUUAGAAAGUGCUU